CAAAUGCGAACGGACUAUAAAUCGGCAUGGCAGAGUCUGUGCUCAGUCCCGCUUUACCCCUGUGGAGUACCAGCAUCCCGCCUAGCGCUCCGUGUUAGUGUUUUAUUAAGUUAUUAUUGUUAUUAUACUUAUCUAGUGUUUUUACCUGUCCGCUGUGAGCCAUGCAGUCUAUCCGCAAGCCUUUCGGAGCUCUGAACGAGAACGUCUCCCCCAUGAAGAGUCUGAGUCUGACCGAUAAGGAGAACACGGUGAGUCUUGCGCCGGUCCCCGGGAUGGAGUGUCUGCGUUUUAUAUAGAGCUCUUAUAGUAAAUUAACCUCGUGUUCUCUCCUGCAGCCUCCUUCCCUGAGCAACACCCGCAUCCUGGCUAGUAAGACAGCCCGCAAGAUCUUCGAGGAGGCAGAGACUGACUCGGUGAGAAUAUCGCCAUAUUUACUAAAACAGUGCUUUUAUUAACUAGUCUUGGGCGUGAAGUUACAGGCGAUGGAUUAAUCCUCGUUUCUGGCGCCCAUAGAGCUGUGGUAGAGGAACUGUCUCUUACCCUCCCUGGCUUGGCGCCACUUUUUGGGGGGGAGGGGGCGAAUAACUUCCAUCUUGUCAGCUUCUACUAACUAGUCCUGUAAGUUUUCUAACUAUAUAUGACUACUCUUUGCCUAGUAACUACUAAUAAGCAUGCAGACUAGCACAUUACACUAGAGGAAAUCAUUCAAGUUUUAUCUGAAACACUGAGGUGCACAAUAUACACUCUGCAUCAAUGGUGGUCCAUAGAGGGUUUCUCUUUAGAAACAAGCCAUGAUAAAACUUGUAAAGUGUAACGAGUCCUAAUAAAGGGAGACCGUGGCCCUUCAUCAGUGCCUUAACACCCCUGCACAACCUUAUAGCAAGUAAAUGUAUUUACAUUAAUUUAAUGUGACAAAGUUGCCGGAUGUAACUUAGAAUACACUUUUUUUUUUUUCCUUCUAACUUGUAAAGGUUGUGUAGCCCAUGGGGAAAAAAUGCCGUAUCUUGUAAAAUUACAUGCUGCAGGAGUUUCCUGUGACUGCCUGGUCUGCAUCACAAGGAUGCCUGCUACAGGACACUCAUGUACUUCCCAACAGCAUGAAGUUAAAACCUGAUGGCGUUCCCUUUUGGCACAGAUAUGGAGUAACAUUAAUUCUACACUCAAAACUGAAAUGUAACAUGUUAACUAUCUAGACUGUUUCUCAGAGCACUAACUAUAUAUUACAUAACUUAAAAUAAGCUAGUGGUUCUAAUGUACAUCUGACAUGCUUCUAUAACAAACCUCCCUCUACACAUAGGUAAAGCCAAAGACACAAGCUCACUCUAAUCAAGAUGAGCCUCUGCUGAGGGACAACCCAAAUCGCUUUGUGAUAUUUCCUAUUCAAUACCAUGAUAUCUGGCAGAUGUACAAGAAGGCAGAAGCCUCUUUUUGGACAGCAGAGGAGGUAAGAUUUGUUAAAUACACAUACAUUCUGUGGUGGUUCAACCUUGCUACAAUGUUUUGUUAGACUGCUUUUACAUAUUCUUCUUUCAAUAGGUGGAUCUCUCCAAAGACCUCCAACACUGGGAAUCCCUAAAGUCAGAUGAGAAGUUUUUCAUCUCUCAUGUCUUGGCAUUCUUUGCUGCUAGUGAUGGCAUUGUAAAUGAGAACCUGGUAAGAAAUUGAUCAUAUUUCAACCUUAAAUUCCUGGUUGGGGAAUACUGGAGUGAGUCAAGCCAUAAUAUAUAUUUUUAGUUCUAGUGUAUAAGCUAAACUUCUCACUAUUGGGAGCAUGUAAAAUCUGAGCAAUUUCAUAUUUUCCUUAGACUAAUGGUCAGCAAUAGGUUUGCUGCAUAGCACUGGCAUCUCCACCACCAGUGUCAAUGUUUGUCUUGAAGCUAAUCAGUUCUAACACUAAAGUCUCUACCUUAGGUGGAACGUUUCAGCCAGGAAAUUCAAGUGACAGAAGCCCGCUGUUUCUAUGGCUUUCAAAUUGCGAUGGAAAACAUUCAUUCUGAAAUGUACAGUCUUCUUAUAGACACUUACAUUAAGGACACAAAAGAAAGGUAAGGCUCACCUAAGCAUACAGGCCUCUCUUACAGUUUAUUUAGUUCCUUAAAGACCAUUGUCUACAAGGUUGUAACAAUCUGUUCUAAGUAGACACUUGAAAAUCUAGGUAGCCCUGACAGAAUGAAUGCCUCUUAAUAGUUAUGGACUUGUCUGUACAUGAAUCAACUGGCAGGUUUUUUCUAAUUAGUGCUAGUACAGCAAAAGUCUCAAAAUGAACUUCAGGCAUUUUCACUAUCCCAUUGAGUCGUUAACUAGCUAGAUUCUUAUAAUCACACUAACUACUAAAGAGUAGCCCUAGCUCUUUGUAAAACUACAGCAAGAAUUGUCCUUUAACAAUGGGUUGCUGCUAGUUUGUGGUGGUUGACAACUUUGUUACAUUGCCAAACACCAUAGCCACCACACUUCUGUAGUGGUGCCAGUACUUGACUUUUGCUAUCCCUGGUUAUUUACUGAAGCAAAAUCUAGCUGGCUUACAGCCUGCACAUUUCUGGAUCUGACAUUUUAAUUCUAGACCUUUAGCUUCUACAGAAUAAAAACAAAUGUGGUGCUGGUACCCAGGUAACCGGCUAUUGUAAAAAACUGACUCCAUACUUGGACUGCAUUAGGACACUGAUACCAUAGAUUUGUGCAGUUUGCAGUCACUAACUUUCUUGUAUUCACACAUGCAAAUGUCUCUGGGAUCUGAGAUUCAAAUUUCUUAAAAUACAAAUCCUAUUCUAACCCUCUACUUGCAAAACCACGAGUCACUCUUCUCACUGCUGCAACAUUCAACUCCCAUUUUGUGACCACUGUACUGAAUUUCUGCAUUUCAGAGAAUAUCUCUUCAAUGCUGUUGAAACUCUACCUUGUGUGAAAAAGAAGGCUGACUGGGCAAUGCGUUGGAUUGCUGACAGACAAGCAACAUAUGGUAAGUCCUAGCUAAAAGUUAAACUUCAAGAUCUACAGUUUUUUUUUUUAAAUUCUAUGCCAACACUCCACUUAAUCUAAAAUUGAGUCAUAAACAUCUUGCUGUAUAUAAAAUCUGUGGCAAACUUAUAGCCAACACUAGGAACGAGCUAAGUGUAAACCACCUGUCUUUCAUUGCAGGUGAGCGUGUUGUGGCUUUUGCUGCUGUGGAGGGAAUCUUUUUCUCUGGCUCCUUCGCAUCCAUAUUCUGGCUAAAAAAGCGUGGACUGAUGCCUGGACUAACUUUCUCUAAUGAGCUAAUUAGCAGAGAUGAGGUUGGUUAAAAUUCUGUAUUUUGUGUCAAAUUUUUUUUAUGGCAACAUUGUUACAUGCCAGUCUAACUACUUUCUCUCUACAGGGGCUGCACUGUGACUUUGCAUGUCUUAUGUUUAAACAUCUUGUAAACAAACCAUCAGAGGCUCGAGUUGGAGAACUGAUUACAGAUGCUGUUCGUAUAGAGCAGGUAAGCAUAUUAAGUUACUGAUUGCAGUCUGAAUAAAUGUGGUGCACCAUGGACCAACAUGUAACAUUAGAAUUUAAAUGAGGUUCAUAUAACUGGCAUCUUUUAUUAUUUUUGAAUUAACUAAACAUGGUAGCUGAUGUGAAAUUGUAGUGUAAGCUAACAUGCUCCUAUCACCCUCAGGAAUUUCUGACAGAUGCAUUACCUGUCAACCUCAUUGGUAUGAACUGCACUCUAAUGAAGCAAUACAUCGAAUUUGUUGCAGAUCGGCUUUUACUUGAACUUGGCUUUAGCAAGGUAAAUGUCAUCCUUACUUAAAAAAUCCAUUCACUUACAGUAGUAGCUUUGGCCUUUUGUGCUAGACUUACUCCAGUGCAAGCCUUAAAUGGCUGAACUUCUUAAAACAUAACAUUGUCUUCCUGUUGCACUUGGAACGUGUAUGUAUAUAUAUGUUAGUGCUAGAGUUUAAAUUAAAAAAUAGUUUAAUUCCCAGUAUUCUGACUGCUGUGCAACUUUAUGCAAAAUAGAGCUAUGCAACUUUAAAGUGCUGCUUCACUCACAUGGGAGCAAGGUAUAGACCAAAAAUGGAAAGCCACCAGCUGAACUAGGAUUUUCAAAAAGCCAUAUAACUUCCAGAAGUGUGGCACCUACAAAGAACAUGUAGGAUUCCGUAAUCAGCAUACCCUUGCAAGGUUCCAUGAACUUGUAUUAACAUUUGGCUUAUCAGAUGCACUUGGGUAGUUUAUGCAAAGGCUCAAUGAAUUGUCCUGCCAUUCAGGUUGUACACUCCAUGCAAUCUGACUUUGUCUCAAUACCUUGUUUCUAGAUAUUCAGAGCAGAAAAUCCAUUUGAUUUUAUGGAAAAUAUUUCACUGGAAGGAAAGACCAACUUCUUUGAGAAGAAAGUUGGUGAAUAUCAGAAGAUGGGAGUAAUGUCUAAAGCAUCAGACAACACAUUCACACUUGACGCAGACUUCUAAGGAGACUCGAAUCUUCUCUAAGACAGGGCAUUAUGGCCACCUAUGAAAGUGGCUAAACUUGUCAAGAUGUUUACAAUGGUCUCAGUAAGGGGCAUGAUAAGCUACAUACAGCAAUGGUCAUGCCUCAAUGUUGACUACAAUUUUAGCUGCAUUCUGCUAAAGGCUUGACUUACAGCAGGAAACACAGGAAUGCUUGUAGACAUCAUGGGUGCAUUUGUACAGCUUGGUGUUAUAAGGGCUGCUGUGUACUCUGCAGGGGAUAUCAACUUGUGCUGGCUGUCAGCACUUUUAUUUUGUGUAAUAUAUUUUAGUUUAUAUGUAAAAAUUGCACUUUAAAAAUAAACUCAACUUUCUUUAA